CCGAACUGCUAUUUCAAAUUGAACCUUCAAGGAUAAACUCAACGGUAAUUUAUCAACAACUGUUUUUAUACCAAACAGUGAACCUUUUGCACGAAGUGUAAAUUUAAUUUAUCACACGACGACCUUGCGCUUAAAUGGACUCGUUUACGGAGAAUCUUUUAACACGAGCGAGGGAGCGUCAGAAACUCCUCGAAGACUACAACAGUGAUUUGAAAAAGACUCCUCCUCGCAAUGGUAAAGUAACGACUUUAUCCCAACCUAACUUAAAUGCAAACUCUCCCAACAAAUUGGAAAAUAAUUCGAAAUCUGAAGGUAAUUUAACACGCACACACAUCUCAUCCGAUUUCACCUCUCAUAAAAGCCUAAAUAUACAAAAUGAUAGUUUUAAUAUGGAAAUUAAAGUAAGUUCAGCUGAUAAUAUUCAUGUUGAAGUGCAAAUUGAGGAGCAGUGUGAUGAUGAAACAAAUGGGGGUGACAAAAAUGAUGGGGGCCUAAGGCAGGAUGCUAAAAAUAGACUAAACAGGCUGGGGAAAUUAUAUGCGGGGGGUGAUGAUGCUGAUAUUUCUUCCCCCAUUCAUCGGACUGAAGCUAAAUUUUGUGCAGAUGGAUCACCCACAAAACAGCUAUCAGAAAAUGCAAGGAAUAAGAGAGGCUUGAGCAAACUGGCCGAUUUAGCACAAAGAGUGAAUCAGUUUGAAGACGACUUAACUCCAGUACGCAAAGAAAGAGACAAUUCUCCAGCAAAAACAAAGAAAUCAUGGAAACCUCCAGCCCCGAAACCGCCAAACACACCACCAAAAUCGGCGACAAAAUACAGAGCUCCAGAUCCCCCAGUUAAAGAAACUCAAGAACAAAAACAAGUAAAUUGGGAUAAAAAAGUUCUCGAUUCUCUUGAAUCGCAAGGUUUUCAACGGACAGAAUCCAGUUCGAAAUUGGUGUACAAAUACAAGACGCAACAAAACAAAGAAAACGUCCAUGAGAACAACGAACAAGCAAUUAGGAAACCCCCUUCUCCUCAAAAAAGUAAUAUUAGAGCGACUGCAAUUGCUGAUAAAGCGGCUUUAUUCGAAUCAAGUCCCAGUAGACAGUCAAAAGAUCCCGCUUUAUUGUCUGUUUCUGAAAGAAAAGCGUUAUUUGAGAAAAACAAAGGAGCAGCUUUGGUGCCUAAAGCACCAUUCGCUAUGGCCACACCUAUAAAAAAAGAUCCCCCAAAAGAGAAAAAAGUCACGGCUCCAGCAUCACCGAAAAAAGAAGUAGCGACACCAAGAGGUGAAGGAAUUGCGAAUAAAGUUGCUGCUUUGUUUGAACAGAAAAGUACAAUUUCGUCAGAACAGAUUGAAAGUAAUGUAAGGGAGCAAAGACAGAAAGAAAUGGAUCUGUUAUUGAAUAGAUUUCAUAAAAACAAUGACGAGGUGGUGAAUGAAGAAGAGGAGUUUGAUGAUGAUACAGAAGAAACAGCAAUGAUUGAUGAAAAAUCGAAGAACAAAGUUGCCGUUGUUAGUCCUAGGGAGAAAAGGAGGAGCAGUGGCAAUAAAAGAUGUCUUACAGGCAAGGGCGAUAGUCCGAAAGUGGCCGCUGUUUUAAGUGAAGUGAAACGAAUUAAAGUAACACCGCAAAGGACAGGUCGAUUAUACCCAAGUUUGACAGAUAUCGAAUCAGUGACAGAAACCGAAAACGAAAGCCCAAGUCCUACAACAAACGGUCAUAGCAGCAGCGACAACAGUUUUGCUGAAUCUGACGAUGCAAAUACUAGUUUUGGCCGAGAUAUUCUACGAGCAGUUUGCCAGAAUCAAACGCCUCAAAAAAGACAAAUGAUGGAUGAGAGUGCAAGCGAUUUGUCUGAUGUUUUGGAUGAUAUGGACGAUUACAUCGACGAAGCUUUGGCUUAUAAUGGCCAAAAUGACGGUCCAACGCCGCCUAAGCAAGAGCGAAAAUCACCAAUUGAAUCAUCCCAUUCAUUCAACUACAAGAGCUUCCAACCUGAAUUUAAGACUCCGACUAAAGUAACACCUGACCAACUACCCACCCAUGUCGUAGAUGGCGAAAACAUCCUCCCUCUCACCCACACUGUCAGUUUUUACCGCAAACAACAAACCCAAGUGUCCACACCACCGGUGCGACAAAUAAUCCGGGCGAUGUCGAUUGAAGAAUCCCCGGAAAAGCCGGAGGAAGAGGACCAAAUCCGGGUGAAAAUCCGAGAGUUGCGAAACGAAGUAAGCAAACAAGAAAUGAUCAUUUCACAAACGAGUCAAGCGCUCAAUUUGUGCAACUCUACACCGGAAUUUAUGGGAUCGACGGAACAAGUCGAAGCUGAAAGAGUUCUACUUGUUGCAACACAUCGGCGACAAGCUGCAAUCCUUGAAAGUCAACGACUUGAAGUGGAAAAAACACUCAAACCGCAAACUGAUCGAAGUAACCAAUUUCCAUUAGAAAAAGGCACUUUGACCUUAUCCAAAAUCGUACUUCCGUUGAAACACAAAUACGUCACUGCUCUCUCUGCCGCCGGAGGUAAAGGUCAUCAUGUCGUAUGUCUUGUAAAAUAUUCGGAUCAAGUUCUACCAACCCAACUUGUUUCCACGAUUGCCUCUAAUAGAAAAAACCCUGAACUCGAAUUGCAAAUCCCAGGCACAAUCACCUUCAAGAAUGUUUACAGCGACUUUGCUGUAGCUUUUGAAGUGUAUUGUCUUCAAGCACAGGAGGAAAUUCUCCCACACGAAGUCAAAUAUCACAUUAAGAAACCCAACACUAAAUUGACACCGAAAAAAACAAAAGAAUCACGUUUGAUGCGACCGAUUAAAGAAUCACCAGCUGGGCCACAAGUGGUGAGGUCGCCGACGUUUGCAUUGAUGGGAUACGUCGUGUUUUCAUUGCAGACGAUUAACAAAAAACACUGGAGCUUAAUUAAUACGCCGUCUAUGAGCCCAUUGGAAGGUACAAUUGAAAUGUCACUUUCGUACGAAUUAUCAGUGACAAUUGAGCAUCGGGGCUUUCUGACAAUGUUUGAGGAUAUUUCCGGAUUUGGGGCUUGGCAUCGUCGAUGGUGUCUCCUAAAAGGCGACACUUUGAGCUAUUGGAAAUAUCCGGAUGAUGAAAAGAAAACUCCACCAAUUAAUUCGAUAAGUCUCCGAGAUGCAAUUACGAAACAAGUCGGCCCUGUUAGUAGGGAAAUUUGUGCCCGCCUUCACACUUUCCUUAUAGAGACAGAACGAGAAGGUCUUCCUCACGACAAAGACAGUUUAGUGACAAUUCGGAAGGGUUCGAAAACUAUCAUUAGACAUCUUCUCUCCGCUGACACUAAGGAAGAGAGGAUCGAGUGGUGCAACAAAUUUAAUUCGGCCUUAGCCGCAAUUCACUUUACUAAACGCGAGUAAUUUUUUAUACUUUUUUAACACUUACUUUAUAUUUUUAUUAUGCUAGUUGUAUAAAUAUAUUCACUUAUUCUAAUCGAUUUUAACAAACAAAUAAUAUACAUAAUUGUUAAAAAAUUUAUUUGUAGUGAUACAAAAUUAAUGAAGCAAAAAUUUUAACAUAAUAGUGCU